UGAAUGAACGCUGGCCCAACUAGCCAAACCCGACCUCCUUUGCACGGGGCCAGUGACCGAGUGCGAGUGGGUCAGUGGGGGAAGCGACUGGAGGAAGACGAAGCGGGGGUAGAGGUCCGCGGCGCGCCGGAGCGGCGCCGCGGCAUCCGUGGAACCAUCCAGGCACAACAGCAGGCCUGUGGUCAGAGGUGCUUCAUCUUCGCCCCCCCAUGAUUGCCCAAACAAGUGCGGUGACGUCAACAUUGAGUACCCAUUUGGGAUUGGCCCUGGCUGUGCAUUGGAAGAGGGAUUUGAGCUUCACUGCAACAAGUCUCAGGAUGGCCAAAGGAACACUACGUACCUCUUUAACAUGCCGGUGGCCAACAUAUUGCUGCUCCAAGGUCAGGUUCGGGUGAUGAGUUACAUUGCUUCCAUGUGCCACAACCGCUCAACCACGACCUUCUUGGACCUUGCUGGCACGCCAUUCACGGUCUCAGAGAAGGAGAACGUGUUCACAGUCGUAGGAGUCGACACGCUUGGCUUAAUGGCCGGCACAAGGCAAUCUGCCAUCUAUGUGAUUGGGUGCCAAACGGAGGAGAGCUCUCCUAAAAACCUGGCAGCAGUAGAGGGGUGCACCGGUGUGGGCUGUUGCCAAGUUGCGCUCAGUAGCAACGUAUCCUACCAACAAUUUUCCUUCGGUAAUAGUACAUCCGACAGGAACAUAAGUGCCAUUGAUGACAAAAGGCACUGCAGAUACGCCAUGGUUGUGGAGGCUGACAAAUUUAAGUUCCGCACAGCGUAUCUGAACACGACGACCUUCUGGGAUGAGCACAAUGGUGAAGUCCCAAUUAUUCUAAACUGGGCCGUGGGCAACAAAACUUGCGAUGCUGCGAAGAAGGAUGCAGCUUCCUAUGCCUGCCGUAGCAGCAACAGUGAGUGCAUCAAUUCGACCAGUGGUCUUGGUUAUCUUUGCAAUUGCUCUGAAGGCUACAAAGGCAAUCCUUACCUUCAUGAUGGUUGUCAAGACAUCAAUGAGUGUGCCCUUAGUCCAUCUCCAUGCCCUGGGCGUUGCGUCAAUAGACGAGGUAGUUUCUACUGCAGGCGCCGCGGCUUGUCACACUCUGGCACAAUGAUACUAUCUAUUGGCAUAAGCGUUGUUAUUGUCAUACUGGCCAUAGCCAUCACUUGCUCAUAUUUGACCCGUGAAAGGAGGAAACUGGCCAACAUCAAGGAGAGAUACUUUCGACAACAUGGGGGUCUGCUGCUUCUGGAGCAGAUAAGCACAGGGCAAGGCACUACAUUCACAAUCUUCACAGAAGCAGAGCUCAUGGAGGCGACAGACCAAUUUGACGACAAGAAUGUUCUUGGUCGUGGCGGUCAUGGAACUGUCUACAAAGGCACGCUCAAGAACGGCAUUCUGGUCGCGAUCAAACGGUGCAUAUCAAUGACAGAUGAACAGCGCAGGAAGGAGUUUGGCAAGGAGAUGCUCAUUCUGUCCCAGGUCAACCAUAAGAAUAUCGUGAAGCUCCUAGGAUGUUGCCUCGAAGUAGAGGUCCCGAUGCUAGUCUAUGAGUUCAUCCCCAACGGCACACUAUUCCAUUUCAUCCAUGGUGUCAGUGGGUGCUGUGAUGCCCCGUUCUCAACUCGGUUACAGAUCGCCCAUGAAUCUGCCCUAGCAUUGGAUUACCUACAUUCAUGUGCGUCACCGCCAAUCCUUCACGGUGAUGUGAAAUCCUCCAACAUACUUCUUGAUGACAAGUACUCCGCGAAGGUAUCAGACUUUGGAGCCUCCAUAGUGGCACCGACUGAUGAGUCCCAAUUCGUCACUCUGGUGCAAGGGACCUGCGGGUACCUGGACCCUGAGUACAUGCAGACAUGCCAGCUUACAGAUAAGAGCGACGUCUACAGCUUUGGCGUCGUUCUCCUGGAGCUGAUCACUGGCAAGAAGGCACUCAACCUUGAAGGGCCCGAGAGCGAGAGGAGCCUUUCUGUGAGCUUUCUGUGCGCGUUGAAGGAGGGGAGGCUGAUGGACGUGAUAGAUGACCACAUCAAGGGUGAAGAGAACGUUGGGAUGCUGGAGGAGGUCGCUGACCUCGCCAAGCAAUGCCUGGAGAUGGCUGGCGAGAACCGACCAGCCAUGAGAGACGUCACUGAGAGGCUCGGCAGGUUGAGUAGAGUGACGCAUCACCCGUGGAUGCAGCGUGACCCCGAGGAGAUGGAGAGCUUACUCGCUGUCAGAGAGCCAUCGGUGGACGGCGUGGAGAUGGUGAGCACUACGUUUUUGACCAUGGAGAGGACCGUUGGUCGUGGCCUACUGGAGUUUGGUCGUUAGAGACAUCUGCCCGUCAUGUUUUGUAGAUCAUCUUGCGUGUACCCAUGCAUGUACUAUGAUUCCAUUGCUCUGGUAGAUCUGACCUAUUGUUUGUUUGGGCAUCUCUGAUAGAGGUUGCUGUUACUGGACUGUUCAUGGUCUCUUUUGUUACUACUGAGGUAUUAUGUAUUUAUGCCUCUCUUUUUGUCCA